CCCCUCUCUUCCACUUCCGCCAAGAUGGUCAAGGACACCAAGUUCUAUGACAUCCUCGGAGUGUCGCCGGAUGCGUCCGAGGCACAACUCAAGUCGGCAUACAAAAAGGGCGCGCUGAAGCACCACCCUGAUAAGAAUGCACACAACCCUGAUGCGGCCGAGAAGUUCAAGGACUUGUCACACGCGUACGAAGUCCUGUCCGAUUCCGAGAAGCGACACAUAUAUGACCAAUAUGGCGAAGAGGGUCUCGAGCAGGGCGGCGCUGGCGGUGCGGGCGGCAUGGCUGCCGAGGACCUGUUUGCGCAGUUCUUCGGCGGUGGUGGCGGCGGCCCCUUUGGUGGCAUGUUCGGUGGUGGCAUGAGAGAGCAGGGCCCCAAGAAAGCGCGCACAAUCUCCCACGUCCACAAAGUCUCGCUCGAGGAUAUUUACCGUGGCAAGGUUUCCAAGCUCGCCCUGCAAAAAUCCGUCAUUUGCCCAAAGUGCGAUGGCCGCGGUGGUAAGGAAGGUGCCGUGAAGAAGUGCGCCGGCUGCGACGGACGGGGAAUGAAGCAUAUGAUGCGUCAAAUGGGCCCUAUGAUCCAGCGUUUCCAGACUGUAUGCCCCGACUGCCAGGGUGAAGGAGAGACCAUCCGCGACCGCGACCGAUGCAAGCAGUGCAACGGCAAGAAGACCAUCAUCGAGCGAAAGGUUCUCCAUGUCCACGUCGACCGUGGUGUCAAGUCCGGCCACCGAAUCGAAUUCCGCGGCGAGGGUGACCAGCUUCCUGGGGUGGAGCCCGGUGAUGUCGUGUUCGAGAUUGAGCAGAAGCCUCACCCUAGGUUCCAGCGCAAGGAAGACGACCUUUUCUAUCAGGCUGAGAUCGAUCUCUUGACUGCGCUUGCUGGUGGCCAGAUCCACAUUGAGCACCUUGAUGAGCGGUGGUUGACCGUUGAUAUCAUCCCCGGCGAGUGCAUUGCUCCUGGCGCUGUCAAAGUUAUUCGCGAGCAGGGUAUGCCCUCAUUCAGACACCACGAUCACGGCAACCUCUACAUCCAGUUCGACGUCAAAUUCCCCGAGCGUAUCGGUGGUCCGGAUGAUGGCCCAAUGUCACCCGAGCAGAUCAAGCAGCUCGAAGCCGUUUUGCCGCCUCGCACGGUUCCUGCCUCGAUGCCUCCACCAGACGCCAUGACCGAGGACUUCACUCUCGAGGAUGUCGAUCCUACACGCGAAAGUGGCCGUGCCCGCGGCAUGGCUGGUGGAAUGGACGACGACGAUGAUGAGAUGGGCGGCGGCGGGGAGCGCGUGCAGUGCGCAUCCCAGUAA